AUGAAGUGUCGGGUGUUGGUCCUGCUGCUCCUCGUUGGGGUGAGGAGGGGCAGAGCGAACAUCGUGGAGGAUGACAUUUUCUACCAGAAGGAGGAAGUAGAGAAACUUAGCUUCUCCCUUGAUCACCGAGUAAGAGAUAAGUCCACGAAGGAAACGGUGGGACACACAAAUGGGGUAAAUGCCUAUGCGUAUGUAGACAAGGCAAUUGCGAAAGUAUUCCCCCUAAUCUCUGAACAGGAGAUCAAAAAAUUUUUUUCCCUCAACAAAGAUGUGAAGACGUGUGAUUAUCAAAUCGGAAAGGGGUCCUUCAAAAAUUACCUAAAAAAUAACAGCUGUUACAGGAAGAUCUUCUGUGGGGUUAUCGUUGACGAUAAGGACAUACGAGGAGAGUCCAAGAGAAAACGGAAAAGCGACUUAAUCCAUUGCGCCUACAUGGAUGAUAAACACAUAGUCAUUUACCACGUGGGGAAGCCACAUGUCGUGAAGCCAAAUGUUGUCUACGAAGAAAUAUUUUUCCAGGAGAGGGAAAAGGGAAUCAUUAACUGUAACGGCAUGAACAUUAACCUAAGGUAUAUAGGCAUCCACACGAGUGACAACAACAGCUGCAUACAGGAGUACUUCGAGGAGCAUCUGAAAAAGGUGUGUAAUCAGAAGAGGUCAUGUGAAAUUGACUUCAAUAAUGUGAACAAGGGGAAUAAUUGCCACCUCGGGUCCAACUUCCUCAUCCACGUUAAUUACGAAUGUGAGGAUAGCUGUAAUGCGAAGAAGAAUCAAACGUGUGACAUUUACAACGGGGAGGGGCGCGUCGCUACUUGCAGUUACGGGUAUAACAUGCUGCAAGGUGGUAAGGAGACUUGUGAAAGGAACUACACGUGUAGUGGUAGCGGCGGUAGUGGUAGCAGUGGUAAAGGUAGCAAUAGAAGCAAUGGCAGCAGUGGUAGUGGCAUCUGUUCGGUAAACCAGUUCUGUGAUGAGGCAACCAAUUCGUGCACCUGCAAAACGUCUCUCCUGUCGGUGGAGAAAAAAGAAUGUUCCUACACUGACGUGUGUAAGGCGAUGAAAUGCCCUCAAAACUCCACUUGCGCUCUUAACCCGAAGUCGAAGAAAGCAGAGUGCAAGUGCGAACAGGGUAAGUAUUUCCACAAAAACAGAUGCUACGACAUAACAGAAAUGGAGAAACUCAUAAAGGCACAGACCACUCCUCAUGACAAAGCAUACAAAAAUGAACUCUUCAUCCGUUCCGCUUUAAAGCCUGAACAUAUUUACAUGAAUUGUGAAGGAGACUACACCAUCGAGGUGGUUAAUGCAACUCUCUCUUGUUACAACGUUCCGUUCAAGGACAACAAAAUUAAGUAUAUCACUGAUACUCUGCGGGAGGUUUGCGACGGCAGGGCUAGGUGCGCCUUUGGCAACAGCCUGAAGAGGGUAUCCACGCUGGAUCCGCUUAAUACGUGUGAGACCAAGGGAACCAUUUAUCACUACGAAUAUGUGUGUGUCAGUGUGCCAGGGGAAUCCUCAGCAACAUCGUCAAGGGCAGCAGUCUGGGCACAACUGGGGAGUGAUGCCUCCCAGAAAAUCCACACGAAGGGGAAGGGGGCAAUUUUUAGGAGCAGGUUUAACAGCCAAUUACAAUGCCCAGGGGGAUCAAUAACAGUAAACAGGGCUCUGUUAAAAGCGGGAGACGGGUGCGAAGAUCUCGACUUAACUAAGUCCGUUAAGGAGUACUGUGAUCAGCUGAGCUUUUGCGACGUCGGAUUAACACAUCACUUCGACACAUACUGCAAGACGGAUCAGUAUCUUUUCGUUCAUUACACCUGUGAGGACCUGUGCAAAACGUGUAGCGCUAAUGAAACCUGCUAUGGCAACAGGCAUAAGUACAAGUGCUUCUGCAAUAGUCCCUACGUGAGUAAAGGCAGUUAUCCCGUUUGUAUAAAACCACAGAAGUGCGAGCCAAACACAUGCGGCGAACAUCAAACAUGCACAAUCGUUAACAACAAAGCAACAUGCAAAUGUGAAUAUAAAUACCGAGAUGUUAAUGGGGAGUGUCUACCGGAAGAUAAGUGUGAUCUUCUCUGCCCCUCAAAUAAAUCCUGCGUGAUGGAAAAUGGCAGAAAAAUAUGCAGGUGUCUUAAUGGGUUGAGUUUAGUGAACGGGGUUUGUAUCUGCCCGGAGGACAGUAAAUACGAAGGAGAUAUAUGUAUUCCGAACAAUAAAUGCAAACGGAAGGAGAACAAAAAUUUGUGCACAAAGAAGAAUGAACAAUGUGUGUAUAAUGAGCAGAAAGAUAUUAUGACGUGCGAUUGUAUGGAGCACCACAAGCGGAACGAACAAGGAAAUUGUGUCCCAAUCGAUUACUGCAAAGAAGUCACCUGCAAGGAAAAUGAGGUCUGCAAAGUGGUAGGCAAUAAAGCCACAUGUCAGUGUAAAGAGAAUUUAAGAAGGAACAGUAACAACGAAUGUAUAUACGAAAAUUUGUGCGUGAAUAAUAGAGGGAACUGUCCCCAGGAUUCAGACUGCAUUUAUCACGAGAGAAAACAGCAUGAGUGUCGGUGUCAUAAGAAGGGUCGCGUCGCUGUUAAUGGGAAGUGUGUCAUCCCUGAUAUGUGCAUGACUGAGCAGAAUAAAUGCUCCGAAAAUUCAAUCUGUGUAAAUCAAUCAAAUAAGAAACCACUGUGUGUAUGUCUGUUUAAUUUUGUGAAGAGUCGAGUGGGUCGCUCGAAGGAGGGGGACCAGAUAUGCGCGGUGGUUAACCCCUGCCUCACGCAUAACGGGGGGUGCUCAACAGCCGAGGUUUGCACGUUUAAGAAUGGAAAGAGGGACAAAACCUUCACCUUCCCGUGGGACGACGACAUGGUCAUCAUUCUCGGAUCCUGCGGAAUCAUCCAGUUUGUACAAAAAAGUGAUCAGGUCAUAUGGAAAAUUAACAGAAGCAAUAACUUUUACAUUUUUAAUUAUGAGUAUCCAUCUGAGGGUACGUUGGAGGCACAGAUUGCUAACAACAAUGAGAGCAGCAUUCUGUACUUGAAGAAAACACACAGGGGAAAAGUCCUUUAUGCUGACUUUGAGUUGGGUCAUGAGAAAUGCUCCUAUGAAAACAUGUUUCCCUACGGUCACCGAAAGGUGGCUUAA